AUGUCAUUCUUAAAAGACUUAUUGGACAAUAUCAUCCCAACAGCCUACGCUGACGAAAAAGGUGACGAGACCCAAAAUGAAGUUGCCGAUGAGGAAGCUCCAGAAGCUCAAGAGGAAGACGCACCAGAAGAGACUCCUGAAGAAGAAACAGUAGAUGAUGGUGACGAUGAGGAUGAGGAUGAUGAUGAUGAGGAUGAUGAAGACGAUGAAGAUGAAGAAGAGCUCGUGGAUCCUCAAGUGAAAUUAAACGAGGAAUGUGCCAAGACCAUUGCUUGUAAACCAUUUGAACACCACUUCCACGAGUGUAUCGAGAGAGUUACCAAAGAGAUGGAAGAGCCUGACUAUGCACACAAACACUACAAAGAAGACUGUGUAGAGGAAUUCUUCCACUUGCAGCAUUGUGUUAAUGAUUGUGUUGCUCCAAAAUUAUUCAACAAAUUGAAGUAA